UAGAAACACACUUUCAAAACAACUACUUCGUAUUGCUAGUUGAACAUAAGAACCCUACAGAGAGUACAAGACUUUCUUUUGAGCUUUCAUCAAUGAAAGAUUGGAAUGGAGAUCAAGCUGAACAACUGCUCAAGGAGGCGCUCAAGGUCCGGGAGGAGAGGGCAAGAACCCGCCGUCGUGGCUCUGGAAAUAAAGAUGAAAGCAACCCGACCUUCAAAACUUCUGAGAAUAUAGUCAUCGGACAUAAUAGCGAAGAGUCUGGAAUAUCAAACUUCGGGAAUGGAGCUUCGGGUGCAGACUUCGAAACCGAUGGCAAUUUUAUUUUUUCAAACGGAUGCAAUCGUUUUGGGAUUACCGACUUUGGCAACAUGAACUACAAAAAGUCGUCGACCACCUUAUUUCUUCUUGUUCUUGUUCUUGUUCUUGUUCUUUUACUCCUUUAUAUAAAUUAUAGGUGAGUAAGCAAAACUAAAUAAGAUGAAGCAAGCUGGCUGAGUGAAAAAGAAGGCACGAGAAGGAAGAACAAAACAAGCGAGAAAGAAAGGAGAGGCUUGGAGUUUCCCAUACUAAUCUAUCGGAAGGGUUUGGGGAUGUAUGGCCACCAGUGCUCCUACACUCAAACUUUUCUUUGCAUUCCCUUCUCUGAAUCUGAAUCUUAUUUCUGUUAUAUUUCUGUAUUUCUUCUUCUUCUUCUACAUGUCAUAAGUAUAUUAAUGCUGAGUGAGUAUUAUUUCUUCCUGUCUACAUGCAACAAGUACUAUUUCUUUUCACGCCAACGAAGG